AUGAGCGACGCCGCCGCCACGCCGUCGUCCGGGACCUCCACCAUGAAGUAGCUGCUCGUCGACAGAGCGUCCCAGCGCGUCCUCUUCGCGGAGGCCGGCAAGGACGUCGUCGACUUCAUCUUCGGCCUCCUCGCCAUGACGCUCGGCGCCGCCGCGAGCCUGCUCCGCGCCGAGGGCGCCGGCGCCGGCGCCGCCACGCUCGGCAGCGUCGCGAACGUCUACGCCAGCGUGGAGAAGAUGGACGCCGCGUACCUGCAGGGCCCCGAGGCCCGGGACGCGCUGCUCGUCAACGACAGCUUGCCGUCGGGCCCCUCCACCCGGCUCCUCCCCACCACCAGCAGCGCCGCCGCCGCCGCCGCAUCUACUAGCACCACCGAGGCCCCGACCUACUGCAGCAUGUGCCCGCCGCCCGGGAUGCACAUGCCAGCUCCUCUUGCCGGCCAAACCUACCUGCCGUACCAGUACCAGAACCCGUAUUACGCUCCCACGCCGGCGCCGGCGCCGGCUCCGGGGAGCAGGGGGUUCGUGCAGGGCGUGGCAAGCUACACCGUCAUGGACGACCUCACCGUCGCGCCCGCGUCCACCGCGUCCACCCUGGCGCUGCUCCGCCGGCUCGGCGUCAAGGACCUCGACGCGGUCGAGGAGAGGACGGUCACCGUCGGCCGCAAAGAGUGCUUGGAGAUCCUCAAGGUGUCGCUGCAGUCCAAGACCGUCCUGACUGAUGUCUUCCUGGCAAAGACGACGAACAAGAGGGCGCGCACUGCCGGCGACGAGAACGACGACGACGCAGCUGGCAUCUCUAAUUCUGAGUAG